AUGGGCCAAUUUUGUCGUAAUGAAUCCAUUAAAACCGAUCCACCCAUGCCCAUAUUUCGUUGUCAUGGAUGUGGAAAGACCUUUAAGGCUCGAACCACGAUGUACAUUGUUCAGUCUUUAGCUCCUCCUAACAGUCUUGUAAACUCAUCAAACAGCGGAACUUCUAGAGUUUUUCACAAUACACAACCUACCCAAAACAGUAACACAAACGACCAGGCACACGAUAUGCAGACCUUACUGGACAUGAUUAAGCGCUUCUCAACCGAACUUGCAGCAGUCCGUGCAGAGAUAGCCAACUUACGUCAACAGAUGACCGAACUACAAGAUCAAGCGACACAACAAUCUACGAAUAUGAACCAACCCAACCAUUACGAAGACGACAGCCAUCUCAGCUCCGAAGAUUUCCUGCAUUACUCUCGCAAACACCUCCAUGGAAUAACCCUCAACGUAUUUCCCAAAUCAAGCGCAGCCUUGCAGAGCAUGAACAACAACGCUGAUUACAACGGCAAGAAGCAGCCGCACGCCUCCUACAACUACCAUCUGAGAAUCAAGAAUUUCAAUACAAAACUCGAUAUUACGGAUAACCGCAUAUUGGAUAUACACUAUCCAGACCGCAAUGUCGUUGCGUUACUUGUGCAUAAUGGCUAUGUGAAUGAGCUUCGCAAACAAUUAGAACGCUUUAAAGUUACCCUUAAGGAUGAUUUUAAUCCCUGUGAUCCCAAAGUCUUGCGAGAUCCUAAGUAUGUUAACCUUUCACCCGAAGAAAGAGCCAAUUUCGCCCUCAUGCACCACAGUGAUCGUAUGGUACGCGCCCCCGCCAAGUACGCUGUUGCUCGAUUCUUCUAUUCUAAAGGAUGGAUCAGUAAAACGCUUUUACAAGGAGCCUUACCUAGUAGUCGUAAAGUAUCCGACCAAGUUGCCGACAUCUUCCAAUCUGACGAUGUCACCAUGGACAACGCGGACGAUUUAUUCCAUGAAUUUAUCAACACCGUCACUAGAAAAGCAAACCAACUUGAUCAAUAG